GAGUUCCAUAACAACGCUUGAAAACAAUCAUCGCUUGGCUAUACAAUAAAACUAACCGUUUAUUGCCAGCAGUGAACUCAACUUAAAUGUUGUGUUUCGUCCUUUUUUUACAUCGAUGGAGACGUAUUCAGUGCACAAAGUCAUCGGUGAGGGGUCUUUCGGUCGGGCUUUGUUAGUCCAGUGUAAGAUGAAUCAGGAACUAUAUGUGCUCAAGGAAAUACAGCUGCCAAAGAGUGAGUACAGGCAGGAGAAGUCAAGGAGGGAAGCUGUCCUGUUGUCCACCAUGAAGCAUGAAAAUAUUGUGGCUUUCCAUGAGGCUUUUGAAGCUGAAAACCUCUUGUGUAUUGUGAUGGAGUACUGCAGCGGAGGAGACAUGCUCCGCAGGAUCCAGCAACAGAAGAACAAGCAGUUCCGUGUUGAUGAUAUCUUGAAAUGGUUUGCUCAGAUGUGUGCCGGCGCCAAGCAUAUCCACGAUAAGCGCGUUUUGCACCGAGAUCUCAAGUCCAAGAACAUUUUCCUCACGGAUAACGACACAAUCAAGCUCGGUGACUUCGGCUCGGCGUGUGUUCUGAGCAGCUCUAAGGCGUACGCCCGUACGUAUGUUGGGACGCCGUAUUACGUCGCUCCGGAGAUCUGGGACAACAAGCCGUACAACAAUAAGAGUGACGUUUGGUCUCUGGGCUGUGUCCUCUAUGAACUAUGCACACUGCAACACCCGUUCCAGGCGCCCAGCUGGAAGAGUCUGAUCCUAAAAGUGUGUCGUGGGGCGUACCCUCCGCUGCCCGGGCACCUGCCCUUCGAGCUGCAGCUUCUGCUCAGGCAGAUGUUCAAGACGGACCCCCGGGACCGGCCGUCCCUGAGCACCGUCCUGAGCUCCCACCGCGCCUCCAGACUGCUGCGAGCGCAUCUGCCCUCGCAGGCGAUACAGGCGGCGGAACGGGGGAGGCGGCGGAAUCCGGACGAGGGGAAGAAGGUGCUUCAACAUUUGCAGGAGAAGAGCUCGAUCCAAACCACGACAUUGGAAGGUGCGGAGGUUCACGGCGAAGACCGAGCCCCGGUCCCUCGAAGGCGGUGGGCCGAGCCCUCGGAGACGGCGCUGCAGAUGUUGGCCAACGCCAGCCUCCUGUCGACCGAUGACGUCGCAACGCGGGUCCCGGAGGAGGGACGGCGGCGGAAAAGAUGGCGGCGAGACCCACCGGAGAGGCUGCUGAGUCUGCUGGGGAAAGCCGAGCUGAGUCCAACCUUCAGCACCUUCGUCAUCCACAGAGAAGGUGCUCCCCUGGUUGGCCCACUCUCCCAGCCUCAAGGCGACGACACAGACGGCCCCGAACAGGAAGUUGCCGUGGACGACUACGACCGCCUGCAGCCGCGCUCCGACGACGAUGACACGGAUUUUGAGGAAGAAGCUCUAUGUGACUGGAUGGGUCAACUGGAGGAAAUGCUGGGUUAGGGUCCUCUAAAGGAAAUUGUCCUCUUUUCUAUUAUAUAUUUUUUAAUUAUUUAAAAUGUAGAAUAUUAGUGAUUUGACAAAAUAAAGUGGAAAAAAUAGACACGUUUCAA